AUGUCGAACAGAAACCCAGUCCCAAGCAAAGACCUUUCCAGCUCGUCCCGUACAGAUAAGCGUUUUUUCGACGAAGCCAACGCGACAUUUCAAAGCGACGGGGGCUGGUACGACUCUGCAGUCCCAGAUGCAGGCAUGAGGACAAGGGCAGGACAGGGUUCACGAUUCCAGCAGCCUGAUCUGGGAGAAGAUGAGGGCGCCUUGAGAGCAGAAGCAGAUGCUGCGAUGGACGCGAAUCCUGGGGCUGGUGUUUACUGGGAUCAGCAGGGCGCUGGGGCAAGUAAGAGACAGGGAACAAGAUCGAAGGGCUUGUAG